AUGAGCGUGCCAAAACCAGAAGCAGGUGAACGGUUAAAUGCAUCGGGUCAGGCGGGGCCCACGCGUGCCGUCAUGCAGUACCGCCUUGGCAGCAACAUCGAGAUGGAGGGAAAGGUGCGCGGCGGCAAGGUCGUUAUUGGGCGUCUGCGGAUAUUUUGUCGGUUUACGGCUGGCCUCGCCUUCGUCGGGAGCCCCAUGUUUCCCAGUGACGUGGUGCUGAGAAGCGUGGAGAACAGGAAGCAGGCGCUCCAUGGCGACAUUGUGGCAGUGCAACUGUUGUCUGAAGAGAACUGGCCAGCCCUCGACGACGUGGAGGAUGACGGGCAGCUGGAUGACGUCAGUCAUGACAGUCUCGGUGCCAAAGAAGUCAUGCCUGAAAACCUUCCGGAUGGCCGCUCGAUCACGCGGUGGGUGCAAGACGCCACGCGUCCCGAUGAAUCUUUCCCUGAGUGUCAAUGGGCAAAACGGAUGUCGGCGCCCGCUCUGCAUGACUGGGGCGGCAGGAAGCCCUUUGGGGUGGUGGUGGCUGUGCUCGAGCGCAGUUGCCCAUUGCAUGUGGUGGCACGUCUCUGCGACGAUGCCUUGCAACCCAACGAGGCUGUGAAGAGUAAUCGUUACUAUCAAUUCAAAUGCUUCGAUCCGCUGUUGCCCAACAUUGCAGUUUUUGGGCGAGACAUUCCAGUGUUGCUGCACGCAAGGCUGCAAAAGACUUUUUUUUUACUGCGCCUUGUGACACGCGGCGACGGGGACUUUUUUUGGACAGCCUGGAAGUUCCUUACGGGCAAAAUUGUAAGAGUGCUCGGCGAGGUGGAUUCGAUACAAGCCAAUAGUUUUGCGUUGUGUAACGCGUGUGAAAUUUCUAUGGAUGACUUUUCAGAGGAGGCGUACGCCUGCGUGCCCGAAACGUUUUCUGUGCCAGACAAGCAAACUUUGCUGCGUUUGGGACGGCGUGAUCUUCGCGAGGAGGAGUUUGUCUGCAGUAUCGACCCGGCCACCGCACGGGACUUGGAUGAUGCUCUGAGUAUUGACCGCACACCUGGUGGGUAUCGUGUGGGGGUGCAUAUUGCGGAUGUCUCCUACUUUGUUCCCGCGUCGUCCCCGUUGGACGAAGAGGCGUGUGAGCGUUCGACUAGCGUGUACCUGGUGGAGAAGGUGAUCCCCAUGCUGCCGCGCAAGCUCAGUGAGGACUUCUGCAGCUUGAACCCUAGUGGCGAUAAAUUUGCAUUUUCGUGUCUAUUUCACCUUGAUCACCACGGCAAGGUGACAUCCGAGUGGUUCGGCCAGAGUGUUAUACGUAACCGCUGCCGUUUGACCUACGAGGACGCACAGCGCAUUCUCGACGGUGACGCAACUGUGUUUGACACACUUGACUUCGGUGAUGCGACGGAUGUGCAGCGCCUUCGAGAACGUGUUGAACUCUCCAUCCGAACACUAUUUGAGCUUGCGUCAAAGUUGCGUAUGUCCAGCUUGCGCCGCGGCCGUCUGACAAUUGGAAAUAUGAAGAUUCGAUACCAAUUUGAGGACAUUGCGAAUCCUACCUUUCCUCAGGGAUUUGACAUUUCACGACAGAUCGAGGCCAAUUGGCUUGUGGAAGAGUUUAUGCUACUGGCCAAUGCGCGUGUUGCGGAGAAGAUUGUGGAGUACAUGCCGGACCAGGCGCUACUGCGACAACACGAGCCACCUGAUCGUGAACGCGUCGCGACUCUGAAGGCAACAUUAGGCCGUUUGGGUCUGGAGAUGCAAGGUGGCUCGAGCAAGUCGCUGCAGGAGAUGCUUGACAACGCGAAGAAUAGUGAGUUCUACGACGACUUUUGUGUUGCGCUGAAGUAUGUGUUACAGCAGGCGAAAUAUUUUGUGAACGGCUGUGAGGAGACGGAGGCGUACAGGGGCCACUAUGCGCUUGCAAUGCCGUGGUACACGCAUUUUACAUCCCCCAUCCGUCGCUACUCUGAUAUUAUUGUCCACCGUCAGUUGUUGUGUGCUUUGGAAAUUGAGUCCAUCGUGAAGGGAAUCAGAGUGGGGCAGAACGGCCGUUGCCGGCCCGUGCAGCCUGGUAGCGUCAACCCCAAUCAACUCUCUACCCGAGACUAUUUUUACCCCGUCAGCGAGGUGGAGAACAUUGUGGUCAAGGCCAAUGUAAAGAAACUAAUGGCCCGUCAAGUAAGCGAUGCCUCGCUAGGUAUAUUCUUCUGCUAUUACCUCAAGGCGCUCAAGCGAGUCAUGGAUGCGAGCGGCAACGCGGAAGGGGCUCCCUUCGCCCCACGCGUGCAGGCAGUGGUGGUGCGAGUCGUGGCGAAGAACAGCACCUUCACCCUCUUUGCGAAGGAGGUGGCACAGGAAGGGCAGAUCAGUUUAAAAGACAAGGAGCAACGCUUCAAAAGCGAUAAACCCGUGGACGACGCCGCGGAUAAUAGUGAAGAGAAGAAGGAUAAAAAAAAGAAGCGGGUUGAGGCAGAAGCGGCCCAAACUGCAGGCAGCCUUAGCAUUAACUGGGGACCGCAUCCCGUGACAGGUGAUGAGGUUGUGGAGGAGGUGCUGCCGAUGACGGCAAUGACCGCUGUGCUGACUAUCAGAAAACAGAAGGGCUACGAAGAGCUUAAAAUGAUUGUUGAUCCCCCGUGGGAAAGGAAAUGGGAUGCUGCCUCGAUUCCUAAAACACUUCUUAGUUGUUGA